CUUUCUCGUCGGUAAUUUCUCAAACACCUCUAGUGCAAGUCUGGAUGUAGUAUCUAAAUAAAAAGUAAGAUCAAAUCAUGAAAAGCACGUAAAACACAAGUCUAACAACAUAUCACCAAUUAAGUAAGAAUUUCAGAUGAAAGCAAGCUACAUCUUCUAGGGAAGAUUCAAAACAUCAUAAAGAAACAUUCUUCAAAGUAAAAAAGCAACACAAUCUUAAAUCUAAAUAACACUGGUAAUCAGAAGAGGUUGGAUAAACAAAGGAAAACACAGAAGAAAAAACUCACCCAAUAACUAUACAGACAGCACACAGUGAAGUGACGAGGGAGAAAAAAGAGUGAAACAGAGCAGAAAAAUGACGGAAGACGUUGUGAUAGACGGUGUCGUUCAAUUUCAUCUUUCAAUUUCAUAUAAUUGGGACAAUCUAUGAGGAUGUGUCAAAGUAACAGAAUAGCAUGUGUCUCUUACCCCAAUUCUCCAAAAUAACCCUACGACCCCAAUUCUCGUUAGCCGCUUAUAAUAGUAGUAAUAAUUUGAUUUUAAAUUUUCAUUUAAUCCUUAAACCUUGUGCUCACUUAUCAUUUUAAACCUAGAUUGGGAAAAGCUGAAAGGAGAAGGAAAGAGAUGGGUCUGCUGUCUCACAGAGUAGAAAGGAAUGAGAUAGCAGCAGGUGAUCAUAUCUACACGUGGAGAACUGUCUUCGCAUACUCUCAUCACGGAAUCUAUGUUGGUGGAAGCAAAGUUGUCCAUUUUACGCGUGAGCAAAAUAUUGUUUCAGGAGACACAAUUCUCUUCUCUGUUCCCCCAAAACUCUCGUCAAUUUCGAGUACAAAUGUGUCUUCGACCUGUACAAAUAUUCUUGACUGCGGAUUUCAGCACAAGGAAAGUGGGGUGGUUCUAUCUUGCUUGGAUUGUUUCCUGGGUGAUGGACUAUUGUACCGCUUUGACUAUGGAGCCAGCCCUUCAGUUUUUCUUACUAAACUCCGAGGUGGCACAUGCACAACUGCACAAUCUGAUCCUCCAGAGGCAGUGAUCCAUAGAGCCAUGUACUUGCUUCAAAAUGGUUUUGGAAACUAUGAUGUCUUCAAGAAUAACUGUGAAGAUUUUGCCUUGUACUGUAAAACAGGUCUUCUUGUUCUUGACCAAGGAGCUCUUGGAAGGAGCGGUCAAGCUGCCUCUGUUAUAAAUGCUCCUUUGGCAGCUAUUGCUUCUUCGCCCCUUAAGUUAUUCAUGUCAAGUCCGGCUGGCUUAGUCUUAGCAACCGCUGGUAUGUAUUGUUUGACGAAGUAUGUAAGUGACAUUGGUGUGAGGAGUGAUGUUACGAAGGUGAAAGUAGAGGAACUGACUUCGUUCCAUAAUUGCAAAAGCUUGAAGAAAUCCAUCAAUGAGGACCAUUGUGAUACAAGAGAGGUGACUCUUAAUCAAACAGAUACACCAGCUAAAAAGCGGCGAAGAUGUGAUUGAAACAAAAUUAGCAGUGUGCCGGACUACUCAUUUUCCAUGUUUUGAGUCAGGUGUCAAGGCUCCGACAGGACCUGGAGCCCGAAUAAAUCUUCCAAUGAGGAAUUUGAAAGGCUUGGUUUUUUACUUUUUUUUUCUUCACUUUGUUCUCCCCAGCAAGCUGAAAACCUUUUUUGCAGAAGAUGGAUUGGGGAUCUGAAGAAGGUUUGGAUUGGUCUUUGUAAAUAGCUGGACUAGUCUUUUAUUUUUCUCCAGCAAAAUGGUAUGUGCUGUUUAGUUGGUGAUAUCUCCAAUGAUUUUUGUUUUUAUUCUUGCUACGACUAAGCAGGUAACGUUAAUUCUGAUCAACAUAAAUAAGUUCCUUUUUUUUCUUUUAAAUA